ACAAAACAUUAAAAACAUGCCGAGGGAAGGUCAGCGAUGUAAGAUGUAACGUGGGGGCAAUUUUUAUUAGUUUUUACAGCCGUCUGGGCGGAUCGAUUAAUCGUUAACAGCUCUAGGAUGCUUUCAAAGGCCCAGACAUGGCUGUCUGUGUUGCUGUUACACCUCAUGGAGCCGUGUUUAUUCGCCAAAGGGAGAUUAAAUGUGCUGUUCAUCAUAGCUGACGAUCUGAGACCAACUUUGGGCUGCUACUCUGAUCCAGUUGUAAAGUCACCAAACAUUGAUCAGCUUGCCUCUAAAAGUACAGUGUUCUACAACGCGUAUGCACAGCAAGCAGUAUGUGGCCCUAGCAGGACCUCUUUCCUAACAAGCCGAAGACCAGACACCACCAAACUGUAUGACUUCAACUCAUACUGGAGAGUCAGUGCAGGAAACUACACCACACUCCCUCAGCACUUCAAAUCGAACGGGUACACAACCUUGUCUGUGGGGAAAGUUUUCCAUCCAGGCAUCGCCUCCAAUCACACGGAUGAUUACCCUUACAGCUGGUCUGUACCGCCAUAUCAUCCACCCUCUUUCAGCUAUGAAAAGAGGAAGGUUUGUAAAAAUAAAGACGGCACACUUCACAGUAACCUGCUGUGCCCGGUGAACGUGUCCGAGAUGCCUUUGAGAACCCUGCCUGACCUGGAGAACGCUGAAGAGGCCAUAAGGCUGCUCAAGCUGAUGAAAGAUACAGGGAACCCCUUCUUUCUAGCAGUGGGCUUCUACAAACCUCACAUUCCCUUCCGAAUCCCACAGGAGUACCUCAAGCUCUAUCCCAUUGAGAACAUGACGUUGGCUCCAGAUCCAGAUGUUCCUAAGAAGCUUCCGGACGUGGCCUACAACCCAUGGACUGACAUUCGGAAGCGAGAGGAUGUCAAGGCUCUGAAUCUUAGCUUUCCAUACGGACCAAUCCCUAAAGACUUUCAGCUUCGUAUUCGACAGCACUACUUUGCCUCUGUAUCGUAUGUGGACGCUCAGGUUGGAAAGGUCCUGCAGGCUCUUGAUGAUCUAGACUUGUCCAAGGAGACCAUUGUAGUGUUCACUUCAGACCAUGGCUGGUCCCUCGGAGAGCAUGGGGAAUGGGCCAAGUACAGCAACUUUGAUGUGGCCACCCGUGUGCCAUUAAUAGUGUACAAGCCAGGUGUGACCUCGCCUCUACCUCGGCCUGGAGAGAAGACUUUCUCCUACGUGGACGUGUUUGAAAACACACAGGAGCAGUUUGGCGAAGGCUAUGAGGUGCACAGCAUGGUGGAGCUGGUGGACAUCUUCCCCACUCUGGCCUCCGUGGCUGGGCUGCCUUUGCUUCACCACUGCCCCGUCCCCUCUUUCAAAGUCCAGCUGUGCACAGAGGGCUUCAACCUGGCCCGCAUGCUCGGCCGCCAAGAAUGGACCAUCAAUCACCAGGCCUACGCCUACAGCCAGUACCCGCGGCCCUCCGACACCAUCCAGCAAAACUCGGACCUGCCCGACCUGGCCGACAUCCGGGUCAUGGGCUACUCGCUGCGCUCCAACGACUACCGCUACACUUUGUGGGUGAGCUUCGACCCCGUCCACUUUCUGGCCAACCUGACAGACAUUCACGCGGGCGAGCUUUACGUCCUCUCUGAAGAUCCAGGCCAGGACAACAACAUAUUCGACGAGUUUACUCGCAGCCUGGUGCUGCUAAAGCUCGGCGCUCAGCCCCAAUGGACCGAGAGCCUGAAGCAGCACUUGAUGUACUUCAGCGCAGCCUCAAAAACGAAAUGGACUCUGUGAUCUUUUUUCAUUGUGCUGUAGCAAAAAAGGGAGAAUUCGAGUGCAUGACUUCUUUUUUUUUUUUUCAGCUUUGUUACAAUGAUCUGAAGCAGUGACAUGUUUUGUACCGCUUUACAGUUACGUUGUGUGUUAUGCCGUGGCUUUGAAAAUGACCUCCAGCACUUUUAUUUUAUACUUGUUACAAUGAUUACUUAGUUACUGCUUAGAAAAAGGGAACUGCAGGGAAAAAUACCUCAAAAAUACCUCAAAAACACCUCUCUAAGGUCACAGAAUGGAAAGUGUACCUUACACUGUUGAGAGCUGUAAUGUGUGAGAUAGCUUCCUUGUCCAUUUUGUAAUGUGUUGCCAAACACGGAGUGAAGUAAAGUCGAGCAAACGGGGAAAAAAAAA